AUGAAGACAUUGUCAGAGAAAUCACAGCAAGACAAGGUACCGCCCACAGGUAAGACAAGGUACCGCCCACAGGCAAGACACAAGGUACAGCACACAGGCAAGACAAGGUACCACACAGGCAAGACACAAGGUACAGCACACAGGCAAGACAAGGUACAGCACACAGGCAAGACAAGGUACCACACAGGCAAGACAAGGUACAGCACACAGGCAAGACAAGGUACCGCACACAGGCAAGACACAAGGUACAGCACACAGGCAAGACACAAGGUACAGCACACAAGCAAGACACAAGGUAAAGCACACAGGCAAGACACAAGGUACAGCACACAGGUAAGACAAGGUACCACACACAGGCAAGACAAGGUACCGCACAGGCAAGACAAGGUACCACACAGGCAAGACACAAAGUACCGCACAGGCAAGACAAGGUACCACACAGGCAAGACAAGGUACCACACAGGCAAGACACAAAGUACCACACAGGCAAGACAAGGUACCACACAGGCAAGACAAGGUACCACACAGGCAAGACAAGGUACCACACAGGCAAGACAAGGUACCACACAGGCAAGACACAAAGUACCGCACAGGCAAGACAAGGUACCACACAGGCAAGACACAAGGUACCGCACAGGCAAGACACAAAGUACCACACAGGCAAGACAAGGUACCACACAGGCAAGACAAGGUACCACACAGGCAAGACACAAAGUACCACACAGGCAAGACAAGGUACCACACAGGCAAGACAAGGUACCACACAGGCAAGACAAGGUACCACACAGGCAAGACACAAAGUACCACACAGGCAAGACAAGGUACCACACAGGCAAGACAAGGUACCGCACAGGCAAGACACAAAGUACCACACAGGCAAGACAAGGUACCACACAGGCAAGACAAGGUACCACACAGGCAAGACAAGGUACCACACAGGCAAGACACAAAGUACCACACAGGCAAGACAAGGUACCACACAGGCAAGACAAGGUACCACACAGGCAAGACACAAAGUACCACACAGGCAAGACAAGGUACCACACAGGCAAGACAAGGUACCACACAGGCAAGACAAGGUACCACACAGGCAAGACAAGGUACCACACAGGCAAGACAAGGUACCACACAGGCAAGACAAGGUACCACACAGGCAAGACAAGGUACCACACAGGCAAGACACAAAGUACCACACAGGCAAGACAAGGUACCACACAGGCAAGACAAGGUACCACACAGGCAAGACAAGGUACCACACAGGCAAGACAAGGUACCACACAGGCAAGACAAGGUACCACACAGGCAAGACAAGGUACCACACAGGCAAGACAAGCACAUGCAAGCCACAGAGUGCGGCACAAGCCACAGAGUGCGGCACAAGCCACAGGGCAAAAGCCACAAGGCACAUCACAAGGCACAGCACACACAAGGAACAAGGCACAAGGCACAGCACACACAAGGAACAAGGCACAAGGCACAGCACAAGGAACAAGGCACAAGGCACAGCACAAGGCACAGCACAAGGCACAGCACAAGGCACAGCACAAGGCACAGCACAAGGCACAGCACAAGGCACAGCACAAGGCACAGCACAAGGCACAGCACAAGGCACAGCACAAGGCACAGCACAAGACACAGCACAAGACACAGCACAAGACACAGCACAAGACACAGCACACAAGGCACAGCACACACAAGGCACAGCACACACAAGGCACAGCACACACAAGGCACAGCACACACAAGGGACAGCACACACAAGGCACAGCACAAGGCACAGCACAAGACACAGCACAAGACACAGCACAAGGCACAGCACAAGGCACAGCACACACAAGGCACAGCACAAGACACAGCACAAGGCACAGCACACACAAGGCACAGCACACACAAGGCACAGCACACACAAGGGACAGCACACACAAGGGACAGCACACACAAGGCACAGCACACACAAGGCACAGCACACACAAGGCACAGCACACACAAGGCACAGCACACACAAGGCACAGCACACACAAGGCACAGCACACACAAGGCACAGCACACACAAGGGACAGAACACAAGGGACAUCACAAUAA